AUAAUUGAUUUCCCCAACUUCGCUGCAAUGGCACUUUAGUAGAGAAAAAUGGCUCAUUCACAUAAGCCCAACGACCCCUUCACAGUAGGCUGAGAGUCAUGGCACAUUCACUAUCUGCAGCAGCGGCGGCGACGGCGUCUACUACAACAACACCCUUCUCCACCACAUCCCACAAGAAGAGCCAUUUUCCUUGUGUAAAGCUUAAGCUUCUCAGAAGCAGAGUCAGGGCAUCGCAUCAAGUUUCAAAUGAUGAAAAGAGCCUCAACCGAAGGACACUGAGCUUGGGGUUGGGUUUGGGAUUGGCUGGGGCAGCGCUUGGGCUGAAUGGUGGUGAGUGGAGUGCAAGAGCAGCGGCUAGAAGGCCUCCACCCUCUCCCCAAGAAGAGAAAAAGGACCCCAAUUUGAGUGGCGUUCAGGCUAAAGUAGUAGCUAGCAAAAAGAGGAAGGAAGCCAUGAAGGAGGAAAUGGCCAAGCUUAGGCAGAGAGGAAAGGCCGUCCAAGCAACUCCUGCUCAGACUCAGACUCAAGCUCAACCACCCUCUCAAUCUGAAUAGUUUUCCAAUGGCCAUACUCACUUCAAGUUUGUUGCUGUAUCUAUUUUUGUACUCUAAUAAAACACCCAUCUGAGGAUAUUAUUCCUUUUCGUA